CAACAAAGAAUAAUGUUAAUAACUCACCCUCUUAAGUCCUGCUCCAUAAAGAUGUGUAAGUGUGUGUACGGGCCCGACCCAUUAUUUCCCAACGGCGCACCUCUGCACGGCCCCUGUUACUAAUAAUGGCUUCCCAUGUGGUGGGUGGGUGUGUGCUCCUGAGUCAAGCGAUAUGCUUUCUGGCCGAUCGCAAUAGUAGCAAUCAAUUCAUCAUGGAGACGGAGAGUAGUUUCCCCCCCGGGUCGCUUAUUUUAGUUGCGAGAACUAUUGAUCGGGAUUACGUUGAUUAUGGGAUGGUUCAUUGGGGGGAGAUAAUGGGGAUAUUAUAUACGUACAAUGAACGAUAUAGUAACUAUGCUCGCCUGUCAGCGGUUAUUAUUAUCGUUAUUAGCUCCUACUCGAUUUGCUCACCCUGUACGGAAUAGAGUGACCAUUAAUAAUCGGGAUCAAUAGUUAUCGGUCAACUAGUCAAGUAU